UAUAAAGUCUGGUCACAUUCACAUCUUGCAGCGAAACAAAACUCAACAAAUUAAUAAUUUUCUAAAGCGAAACGUCAACAAUUUCGGGUACCAAAUCAAAACAUUUUCUUUACAACGAAUUCAACCUAAAACAAAGGCUGCAAAACCGGCAUUUAGCACAGGCCACUAAAUUAAUCGGGUUAAUUAGCAAGAAAUGGCACGCGGACACCAGAAGAUCCAGUCGCAGGCGAAAGCCUCCGAGAAGCAGGCCAAAAUAAAGAAGCAGCAGGGACACAGCGCCAACGACCAGAAAAAGGCGGCCCAGAAAGCACUUGUUCAUGUGUGCGCCGUUUGCAAGUCGCAAAUGCCCGAUCCCAAGACUUAUAAGCAGCAUUUCGAGAACAAGCAUCCCAAGAACGACAUGCCCGAGGAGCUGAAGGAUGUCUGAUGGCAUGUAGAGGAUGAAUAUAUGAAGCUGAUCGAGAUCGACGAGUUGCCUACCAGUACGAAACCCAUGCAACAAUAACUUUACAUCAGCCCAAACAAAACAAAAACAAAAACCAACAAUCAAGCCGAAGCCAAGAGGAUGGAUACUAGUAAUAAUAAUUAUAUUUGCCAAUGAAAAGGAAGCAGCCGAAUUUUUUGUAUACACACUGCUGGCUUUUGGUUUUGUUUUUAGUUUAUACUAUACAUUGAAAUUAACACAGUACGCAAUUGUUCGAUGAAUGGCUACCUACCACAAUACAAAGCAACCUACCACAUAGCAAGAUGAAUAAGAAUGUUUUUCUUUUGAUAUUAAUUAGCACUGAAAGACAGCAAUAAAUACUCUGUGCUCCGUUUUGGAUUUGGUUCAUGAAGAACAAUUUUAUACGAAUAAUGACACAAGUGAAUGUAAACCAAACUUUUUGUACAAUAAAAAAUUGAGUAAAUCACGUAAAUGAGAAUUUAUAAACAAUAAAGAAUGUUAGAA